AGUUCAACGCCAUUUGUUUCGCGCUCAUUUGCAGUUGCAAAGUGUUGAAGAGCACAGUCGGUCGCAAAAUUACAGCGAAAAAGGAGGAAGAGAUGUCUGCAAGAGGAAAGCGAAAGGACGAUGAAGACCACGCAUCCGAAGGAGAUGCUCCUCCGAAGAAGACAUUGAAGAAAGAUUCCGAAGAAACCGACGAAAUCGUCGUCUGCGAGAUUUCGAAGAACCGUAGAGUUAUGGUCAGGAACUGGCAAGGAAAGAUUGUGGUGGAUAUUCGUGAGUUUUAUGUCAAAGAUGGAAAGGAAAUGCCUGGAAAAAAAGGCAUCUCGCUAUCCUUGGAUCAGUGGAACGUUCUUCGAAAUCACGUAGAAGAAAUCGACAAAGCUGUUAAUGAAAAUUCCUAAUGGACUUGUUUUUGUGGGCAUGAAGACCAAAGAGCAGGUAUUAGCUUUUAUAUCUACAUUAACUGCAUCACUUGGAUUGACAUUUUGAUAUUGUAGACCAGAAACAUGAUAUUAUAACAUAUUAUGGCAUAACUGACAA